AGCUUGGUUCAAGAGAACGAGACCCUUUAUCUCAAUAUUUCUCAAUGUAAUUCCUCAGUCUUUCUGGCGCCAUGGAAGCUGGUGAAGUUGCCAGCAACUUCCAGAAAUGGUGUCAUGAACAGGGCUGUCAGAUGGAAAAGAUCAAAGUGACAAAGACAUGCCGUGGCUUUGGCUUGGAGACCACAGCUGCACUGAAGGCAGGUGAAGUCGCCUUGUCCAUUCCACUUGAUCUAUGUCUGACGCUGGCAGCAUCCGCUCGAUCUCGGAUUGGGCAACACCUUUUGGCCAGCGACACAGUCCGCGGGCAGCGCAUCAGUGCCCAGGCUUUGAUGUAUGUAGUGAUGAUUGAUGGAUGGCACGAUCCUUCCAGCAAAUGGCACGCCUAUUUGCGUCAAAUCCCUUCAAGACAUGGCGAUCCCCUUUGGUGGACCAUGCCGCAGCGCGAAGAGAGACUUGCUGGAACCCAACUGCUUUAUGAAGUUCAAAGACAUGAACGCCAGCUCGAAGCGGUCUAUGCUUCACUUUUCCCUGCCCUAUCACAGGAGCAGCCGGAGAUCUUCCCGAAAGAACGUUUCACUUGGAAGGCCUUCUGCUGGGCACGCUCCUCCCUCUCUUCUCGUUGCUUCGCACUAGAGCACUUGGAGAAGUUCAUGAGCCAAUCAGAACAAAAGGAGCAUCAAGCAUCUGCUGAACUUAAUUCACAGCUUGAACCAAACGAGGCACGAAUUGUGGAAUGUGUGCAACCAAAUUUGUAUUUGUCCCCGCAUGAACAGGAGAGACUUGCGCUUGACUUUCCCGGAGUCCUGUGUCCCCUUCUAGAUACUGCAAAUCAUGAUCCAUCAGUUCUUGUCGAUGUUGGACUUUGCAAUUCAAAGGGUGAGUUGCACUUGGGUGUGUCCCAAAGAAGCGCAGUUGAUGCUGGGCAAGAGUAUUUUAUCAACUACGGCAACCACCGCAGCAAUCUCCAGUUGUUGCUUGGGCAUGGCUUUUGUGUGCCAGAGAACCCUCAAGACACGCUACCACUGAAGCUGGGGCAACAACCGACUGUGCAUGAAUCCAAGAUUAGACAGGAGGCGCACAAGAUGGCUGGCUUGGAUCUCGAUCAAGUCUUUGAGCUGUCAGUGAAAACACCAAUGCCAGAGCCGCUGUUGGCCACCAUCCGCUUAGUGGUACUACCCAUCAACAAGAUCUACAAGAUGAUGCAGUCGGGAGAUCUGCGGGAACAGCUGUUGCGUCCGAUUGAGUGCCAGCUGGAUCCUCAUGCUGAGGUCGAAACCUUUUGUGUUUUGAGACGAGAGUUGCUGAAGAAACAGCGAGCGUUGCCGGCCAACACCAGCAGCUGGCAGGGGUCACUUCCCAGCUGUCCGGGCUUUGAUGAUUGGUGCGAGUACUACGCAUCCUUGUACCGCGUUGGUCAACAAGACAUUAUUCGAGCUGCCUUGUGUGAUGCUUUUGUUCGAGAGCAAGCCGCCAUGGAUAAACGCGAGGCGUAUAUUCUGCAAGAGGAGGAAGAGGAAGAGGAGCAGGUGGACGACGAUGAGGUGCUUGAAGACAAAGAGCUUCCAGCCAAGAAGCCAAGAGCUUCAUGAAACAGCUCCUUAUGCAGGUUUUUCCGGGAGAAAAGGCCGGGAAAGCCGAGGAAUGAGCAAGGACAGCGUUUUGCUGCCAAAACUCGC